AUGAAGAUCACAUUAUUCGUAUUGGCAGCGUUCGUCUGCGUGCAGAUAGCAACUGCAGUGCCGUCGGUCAAGAGUAUAUCAGAGAAACCGGUAGUAGUCUCGGGAGGAGCGACAGCAUCUGUAGAAAUCGAGGAAUCGGGAGGAUCAUCAGCAAGCCUGAAGAACAGAGGCAAGUCGGAAAGUCUUUCCAUUGAGGAAAACCAGUCAGAAUUGCACAAUGAUAUACAAAUAUAUAAAAGAUCGUCUCUUUCACCUUGCGAAUCAACGAAUAACAUUUUCACAGACAAGGUACGCCCGAAUUUGGAAUGCAAAGACAUCCUGGAGCAGAUUAGAACCAUCCUCGAAUGCCUGAAAGGAGGCAAAGAUCUCAAGAGUGUGUUGAACUUAAACGAAGGCGAAACGGUCCUGGGGAAGCUGAAAGAGAAGAUUGCCCUGAUUCUUGAAUCGCUAAAGGGAGGCAAAAACAUCGGUAAUUUAUUGAAUAGCGAGAACAUCAAAAUCUUGAAAGAAAUUCAAGAGAAGCUCGCCAUAAUUGCUCAGUUGGUGCAAGAGGGCAAAAACGGUGGCGGCCUUUUAGACGCAAAUAUCAUCUUGAAAUUAAGGGCCAAAAUAGAGAAAAUCCUGAGCGCGAUUGCGAACGCGAGCGCGAACGCGAGCGCGAACGCGAACGCGAGCGCGAACGAGAACGCGAACGAGAACUGGAACUCGAAUUCUAACUCGAACUCGAACGAAAACUGGAACUCGAACUGGAACGAGAACGCGAACUUAGCUGCAGAAGGAAGUAAGAAGCUUCAGGAAGCUCUGGGUUUGCUGAAAGGCAAAGGCCUCUUGGACUUGAAUUUGCUCAAAUCGAUAGCUCCUGUAAUUGCUGAACUGCAGAAGAAAGGCCUUAUCGACCUUAGUGCCUUGAACUUGAAGAACAUUGUCUUCGGUCCUAUUGAAGCAGAGUUACUCAAAAAUACGGUGGUAAAAAUCAUAGCAGCGUUGAAGGGAGGCGCCGAUCUUCAGAACAUAUUGAGCUUGGGAGCGGAGAAGCUUGGCAUUAGCGGUUUGGAAUUGAAAGCCCUCCUAGGAACACUCGGCUUGGUUGGGAAGCUGGCUGAAGGAGGUGCGUCCAGCCUGAAAAAUUUGUUGAACCAGCAGAUUCAAGUUGAGGCUAGUAUAAUUGAAAAUGCUGGAAAAUUACUUCCUUUACCGUUGCCUGAAAUCCCUAGAAAGAAAAAUUGUAUAUGUAUUUAAGGAGAAAGACAGCGAGAUCGAAUAUAAGAAUGACCAAGGCAAAAUAGUAAAUCACAUAAUGAAUAAGUUUUGAUUUAUGUGUUUUCGCGUUGAUGAGAAAAUGUAAUUCAUCGAUACGUUGUAAACACGGAUCUUGUAUUUUUAAUGAAAGUUUUAAUAUAAUGCGCAAGUAUUAA